CCCCCAUGCUCGAUAACAAACUCACAAAUGCUAUUCUAAUGUCUAUUCAUUCGACGAAUUAUCGCGAGGGUUUUUAUUUUAAUCGUCCACGCGCAUCUUUCGACUUUUUAUUUUUGUAUGCGUAAUCAUGAUCCUUGUUCUUUUCUUGACCUAUAUUCGUCAAAGUUGUUUUUUUUCUCCCCUUCGAUGGACCACCCAGUGAAUUCACUUUUCAAGGUUUCUGUUUCAAAUUACAACGUGCAAAAGAUAUCUAUAAUCGAACGAUAGUUUGUUUUUCCUACAUCCCGGAAUAGUUUAUGCAUAAGUGGCGCGCAAGCUCGCAUAUUUUAAUGUGUACAGCUUGUGAUAAAAUGCAAUUGCCGCUCAAGGUGCUCUUGAAUCAUUGUUUAUCUUUUCAUGUACCAAACGAAUACGCAUCGUAACAUGAACACAAUUGUUUUUGCAGGUCUCAGUGAAUCUCUUAUCAAUCCGUCAGCGUGCCCACGUGAGCCUCCCGUCUUCUGCCUAGCGUUCCAGGGAUUCAACAUCAUUGUCCACUUUCAUCUCUUCGUUUUUUCAUAAUCAACAAAAAGAUCAUCGACAUGGCAAUUCUUCCACCUGAUCCCGCCUACAUUUUGAAAGGAGACAUGGGCCCCGUCCACAGUCUGUUGUUUCGAGUUUCACCGUACAUCGAACAUCUAUAUGCUGGUACAGAAUCGGGCAAAGUUCAUAUUUGGGAUUUGAGAAAAAAUCGAGAGGUUUCGAAAAUAAAUGCUUCUAAUGAAACAUGCCUUGCUAUGCAUGCUAUUGGUCAUGAAAAUCUUGUGACUCAGAGCAAAGGUGGAGCUAUCCAUGUUUGGAAAGCUGAUGAUUCAAAUUGGAUUUUGGAUAAGUCUGUCGAUACAGGUUAUUGCGGUUUUUGUCGUUGUCAAGUAUCAGCAGAUGAUUCGAUUUACAUACCACUUAAUGAUUCUAAAAUUGGUUUAUUUUCUUUAAAAACAUUACAAACUGAAGUUGAAUUGAACCCUUUGAUUUCGAAAAUGGACUCUCUUGGGCAUGUUAUGGCUAUUAAACCCUGCAUGGAUGAGUCAAAAAACGUAUUGGUUGCUUAUGAUGGUGGUGUCAUGGCUUUGUGGGAUAUUCGUUCAAAGAAAAUGUUAUCGUUUAAAGAAGUUGAGCAGUGUCCCAUGUGUUUUGAUUUCAAUUCAACUCUAAAUUUGGGUUUUAUUGGAAGUCCUUGUGAUAAUAUAGAAGUAUUUCAAAUUGCAGAAGAUUAUGAGCUCAUUGAAAAAAAAAAAUUACCUUUAAAAAAUCCAGGAACUGCUUCCAUUGCCAUAAGACCUGAUAUGAGAGUAUUUGCUGCUGGAGGAUGGGAUAGUUGUAUCAGAAUAUAUUCAAUGAAAACUUUGAGGCCACUUGCAGUUUUAAAUCAACAUAAAGCUACAAUUAAUGAAAUUGUUUAUUCAACUUCUAAGGUUGAUGCUUAUAACAGUAAGUGCCUAAUGGCUGCUGGUGGCAAAGACGGAAAUAUUUCUUUGUGGAGUCUUUAUAACUGAUGAAAAGAAAAAGCAGAAAAUAUAUUUUGAAUAUGAUUGAUUUUUAUAGUACAAACUUUAGGAAGAAAAGGCUAUUUUUUUGGAUAUGAAAUAUUAUUCGUUUUAUCCAAAUUGAACUUUUUUAAAAUUUAUUUUUUAAAUUAGAAUCAGGUACAAUU